AUGGAGGCUCUAAGAAAAUUGCGUGAGGCAGCCAUUGAAAAAAAGCCGGUGCAGUUGCUCACAGAGGCAAACGAGCCAACAGAUUCCAUCAAAGAUGCAGUGCACGUGAAAUUCGGCGACUCUGAACCGUAUGCGCUUGACCAAAUCACCAAUUUUUACAACGAGGGCUCUCCUCAGCCUCUCAAAGCAGUGGUUUUUUGCUGGUUGCACGACAAGUCUUCGAUCGUCGAAUACAAAAACGCAUGUUUGGAGAAUGGCGUGCCCGACUUCAAGUUUUUGGUCAAGACAGACUUAACAACAUGGUUGAGCGGCAGCGCAGACACAUGUCAGUUCAUCAAAGAGGAGGGAAAAACCACACAAGAGGGAACGGGAGCUACGAAUGGUGCCGAUGUACUGAGCACAGAAACGGUCAAGAGAAAGCUUGAUGAUCCGCAGUUGGAACGUAUAUCGGCAUUAGAGGUGAAUUCCAUCGACCACAACGCAGCUUUGAGAGGCACGAAAAACAUUCUUCUCAAGAGUCUCAUAUCAGACGCCAAGCGGUUUUCAUCUCAGUUGAAAAAACUGAAAACAGUCAAGGGAUCCCACUCAUCAGUUCAGACCAAUACCAAAAAACAGCCCAUCAUCAUAGUUUCGCCUGCUACCACGGCGUUGCUUUCAUUGAGCAAUAUCAAAGAAUUUUUAGAGGAAGGCCGUUUUGUGGAGCCCUCAGUGAAGAGAGCAGAUUCUGGCGUUGUCAUUGUGAACCACCCUUCCGACAAGUUGAUACCUUCGGCCCAAUCAAUAAUGGUGGUGGACAACGCAGACUUGUUCACGAAACCAGAAUACUGGGACAGGGUGAUAGCAAUCUUUACUACUGGCCAAGCCUGGCAAUUUUCUAAGUACAAAUACUCCAAGCCGGAGACGUUAUUUCAACAUUAUGCUGGAUUCUAUAUGGCAUACCAAGGAGACGUCAUUCCAAAACAAAUUUCCGACUGGAAUGUAUCGGUUGUGAAGGUUGAUCGUGGCGAGAAAAGGUUUAGAGACAAAAUGAUUGUGAGGGACUUGUGGCAUCUGUUGGAGAAGAUCCUCAUUGCCAAAAAUUACGGGGCAGAGUAA